AAUGGACCGCCGAUUCCCACGCUGUCUCUUUAAAUACUGUAGGCAGCGGUGUAGGCAAACGUGUAGCUGACCGUGCGCCGAUUUCCCCCGUCUCGGCGGUCAAGGCGCUCCGUGCUGAUCGCGGGGCUCUGUGACAGGCGGUGUGACAGGGGAGGGAUCGCUUUGCGCCGCGGCCAGCGACAUCACCGCUGACAGCUGCAUUUGACCCGCCUCGGAUCGUGGGCGCACCAGAUCCUCUGCGUACUAAGAUCGCAGCUGCCAGCCCUCCUGAAAUGAUUUCGCCUACUGUGGGUUUUUGAUGAACGCGUUUGGCCCGUGCUGAUGUAGCCGGCGGGGUUUCCGCAGUAUCCCGUUGGUCCACGGAGCCGGACCUGGAAGAAAGUGCCGAGUGGAAAUAUUCGGCGAUCUCCGCGCGGGCAAGAGCGCUGCAUCGCGUCUCGGACACGGGGAUCGCAAAGUCCUAACGCCAGUCUGUGGCAGCAAUGUGAUGUGGACAAUUAAUAGUGAUGCGUCUCGUUCGCAAACCACGAGGAAAUUGCACUAGCCGUGUUUGAUGGCUGCCGCUGACAUUAGUUAAAAUUCCCUAGGUUGGAGGAGCGGCCGGACCGAGGUUUAACGGAUACGGUCCGUCCUGGAGGAGCCCCCUCGACUCUUGCGAAAGGUGGUGAAGAAGCCCUCUAGAUCCAGGGCUGGGCAGGGGGGGCCCAUCCUUUUGCCCAGCCAGUUGUGGGACAUCAUGCCACUUAAAGCCCACAGCAGUCUACCGGUCCUGGGACAGGAGCAGGGUCAAGCCGGCAGCUAUCAGCCCAUCGAGGGACACCCAUCGUUCACACUAUGAGGGCGUCUGUGGCUCUCUUAGGAGGCUAGAAAUUUUCAGCCAAUUAGAAAACGGACCAUGCCAGCCAGUGCCGACCACGGAAAAUUUGGAACGUCCAUUUUUUUUUUGAUGCUUUCUGAAAGCUGUGGCUUCCCGUGAGAUUCCAGCUGUCCCCUAAGGUUCCUCCUCCCCUCUGGGUGGCGCUGCUGUGUCUCGUGCUACCUGGUGGUUUGGAGCACAGGCUCAGCCCCGGAGGUCAGCAGGCGCUGGCUUCACCAUAUCUGGGCGGCGCGGUGGCGAGGGAUGGCGCGCACCCUACUGAGGCUCCGCCGCUAUGUCCGCCGCAGACCUCUGCGCUUCCUCUCCUUCGUCCUCCUCUACCUCACGGCUGGCGGCAGCCUGGUCUUCCUGCGUGCCGGAGAGACAGCCUCGGGUGCUCAGGGGUCCGGGCCGGAGGUGGGCCGGGGGGGCCCAGAGGGUCGGGGCCUUGGGCUGAUCAGUAGGGUCUUCAGAGAGGGCCGCCAGCCCCCGCGAAGGUACAACCCACCCUGGCUGAAACAGGACUCCCAGGAUCUGUCCGUGAGGGGAGGGCGAGAUGGAGACCACACUGGGGGGUGGAGCCGUGCCCUAAAGGGGCGGAGCAUGAAAGACUCAGAGGAGGGGCGAGCAACGUACCUUGGCUGCUAUGCCGACAACACCCACAAGAGGGCGCUCCGUGGGGCAUCCUUCUUUGACUACAAGAAAAUGACGGUCUUCCGUUGCCAGGACAACUGCGCCGAGAGGGGCUACCUGUAUGCGGGACUGGAGUUCGGCGCUGAGUGUUACUGCGGCCACAAGAUCCAGGCGGUCAAUGCUUCAGAGGGCGACUGCAACAUGGAAUGCAAAGGCGAGAGGGGAAAGAACUGCGGGGGAGCCAACCGGCUCUCCAUCUACCGGCUGGAGCUGAGCCAGGACUCGGCCCGCCGCUACGGGAGCGCCGUCUUCAAAGGCUGCUUCAAGAAACCUGAAAACGUGACCCUGGCCCUCCCCAUCGCGGCGGCAAUCCUCAACAUGUCUGUCGACAAGUGCGUGGACCUCUGCACAGAGAAGGAGUUCCCGCUGGCCAUCCUGGCAGGGCCGCUCUGCAGAUGCGGCUUCCCCACGGCGCAGUUCUCGCUGCACGAGCGGGAGGACGAGGAGAUGUGCCAGCGGUGUUGCCCCGGCGAUGAGGCAGAGAAUUGCGGCACGGAUGACUACUUCCUGGUGUACCAGACGCAGGUGCAGGACAAACGCUGCAUGGAUCGCCACUUCCUGUUGUCACGGACGAAGCGCCUGACAGCACUGGCCAGCUUUCCUGGGGCGGGGAACACGUGGGCACGCCAUCUGAUCGAGCUGGCCACGGGCAUCUAUACGGGCAGCUACUACUUUGACGGCUCGCUCUAUAACAAAGGCUUCAAAGGAGAGCGGGACCACUGGAGGAGCGCCAGGACCAUCUGCAUCAAGACACACGAGAGUGGCAGGAAGGAGAUCGAGGCCUUCGACGCUGCCGUCCUGAUCAUCCGCAACCCCUACAAGGCCUUGAUGGCGGAGUUCAACCGCAAGUACGGCGGCCAUGUUGGAUUCGCCUCACAGACCCACUGGAAAGGGAAAGACUGGCCAGAAUUUGUGAGGAACUACGCCCCCUGGUGGGCAUCCCACACCCUGGACUGGCUGCGCUACGGGAAGAACGUGCACGUAGUCCACUUCGAAGACCUGAAGAGGGAGCUGUUCGGCCAGCUGAAGAAAAUGGUGGUCUUCCUGGACCAAGGGGUGUCUGAAGACCGCCUGCUGUGCGUGGAGGGUCAAAAAGACGGCAACUUCAAGCGCUCCGGCCUUCGCAAGCUGGAGUACGACCCGUACAGCCCCGAGAUGCGGGCCACCAUCGACGACCUCAUAAGGGUGGUGGACAAGGCCCUGAGGGAGAGGAGACUGCCAGGGGUUCCAGAGGAAUACAGUCCAAGAUAAUGGUCAUGAGUCCCAGCCAUUUUCUCUCUGCACAUCUCCAUCCUUAAUUAGUUUCGGUUUAAAAACAAUGUAAACUAGUCUGAAAAUGCAGAGGCACUCAGAGGAAGCCUGUUUCGUGGAUGGACCUGUUCUGAUGGGGGAGUGGGGGGGGCCGGUGGGGAGAUUGUAAAACUAUUACAUGGAUUUCAUGCAUCGGUCAUAGCUGACAAUCACGGGUCUCGCUUCCACACAUGUGUGUCCGCUGGGUUUCGCCUUGACGACAGGAAAACCAGUAGCUGGUGUAUUUAUAGUCAGAUCCUAUUAAUUCCCAUUCGUUUUUUCCCCCCGGAAUUUUAACAAAGAAGGUUGUGCUGCUAUUCCUAAACCCUAAAACGAAAAAGUCUCCUUUUAUAGACUUUAAAUAUACAAAUAUCAAAUAAUAGUGUUAUUUUUGAGAUGAAGACAAAAAACAAAAAAAUAGAAACUGGCAUUUUUUUAUAGUCUGCGGGACCGCUGCAUGUGAUGUGUAUAGAAGUGAGAUUUUUUUUGGGAGGGGGGGGGGAAUGGGGUUUUGACAAAAAUAUAAAUAUAUUUUUCAAAAAUCCAUCUCUGACGAUAUAAACACUUUUAUUUGUUUGAAAAGCUAAAGGACAAGUGUGGAAUGUAGAAGCGAACAAGACAGAUUGACAGUUUAGAAGAAUGUAUGAGACCUGUGGCUAAAUCCUGGCCGAGCGACGUUGUUAAGCCCAGAGACAUUCCGGGACAGUAUAAGACCACGUUAGCAGUAAUGACCUGGGCUGAGUUUCCCAAAGCUUUCUUAACUCUGUCUUUUAACAUAGAACUUACGAAUGACAUAGAGUUAAGGCUUCGGGAAACUCACCCCUGUUCUCUCUCCUAUAUCCUCAGCCAUUUGCUUAUACAGUAGUAACUCACAGUAACUCAAUAACCAAAUAAAUCACAGUGCAAUCAGUCUAGGUGACACUGCAAACGUGGUAACCAAACCAAAACUAACACACACAGCACUUUCAUAAUGGCGUAACGGAAUUCCUGGCCAUCUGUCGUACCCACUAAUAACUACUAAUAAUUUUGCCUUUUAGCUGAGGUGAAAUUUACUUUGCACUUUGAGCAUCUACCUAAUCAUCCAACUUUUGGGAGUCUGUUAGCAAUCUUUUUCUGAUCCUGUGUUCGACAAGCACGCCACUUUUCAGAAAUGGUACUUUAGAGGUAUGCAUUUUUGCAUUGCAUGUGAUUUAAAGUUAGUCUGUCUAUCUGACACAGAGCUAUCAGUCUCCUAGAUUAUUUCUGCCAAGGCUGAUUCUUGAUUCUGGUUAAAUCAGACCGGAUAUCUGCCUUUGAAGGCUCCAUAACAACAUUUCCCACGGGUAUUCUGGGUAACGAACUGCUCACUUACUUCAUCAUAGGGGAAAUUUCUUAACACACAGCAAAAACUCCUUUGUCGUAGAGCAUACAAUGCUGAACGCUAAAGUAUUACUAACAUAAUGUAUGACAAUAAACAAAUGAGGGUGCCUGCAGACACCAAGCUCGAUAAACGUAGAUACACAAAAAUAUGUAUAUCUGUAUUUUUUGAGGAACCAAAUUCUAUUUUCCCAAUUUUUUGAGGAAGCUAAACCCUAAUAGCUAUUAAUGCAGGUCAUCAGUCGUUGAACCUAAAAAUAUUUAUAAGCAUUUAUAUCUAUUAGCGACUGAAUGAUUUAUUAUUCUUUAGAAAUACUGACAUUCUUUACAUGCACAAAUUAUUCUUCUUGAGUGUCAUUUCUGUCCUGACUAGCACCUUAGACAAAGCCAUCUGUAAACUCACUGGAUCCUCACUGAAUUCCUACGAUUGGCUGGAAACGUGAAAAAGGCCCAAUAAGCCUGAGGAUGGGACCUUACUGGAUGCUUUGGUGGCCUGAUAACCUGCCCCUUACAUCUCCCCAGAAAUCCUCUUCCAAGAAUAUUAUACUACGAUUCUCCCAAGCAGCCUGAUUUGUUACCCCAUAAAAUAAUUAAUAUUAAUUCAUUCAUCACCUUGGUUAUGUUUUCCCUACUUAUUCGGUGUUUCUCAUAUAAAUAACCCUUCAAAUUACUUAUAUCAUUAUUAAAUAAUUGACAGUCUUUAUUUUUCUCAUUCAGUCUUUCCUACUUUUAUCCAAAACUUUAACAGACAUACAGAUAACCCCACUACCUUUAAUUAAAUGAAUUGUAACAGAUACCAUCUGUAAACAAACUAAAUGAUAUUGAAUCUGGAGAAUAUAAAUAAUUAAAAAUGAAAUGACUCUGGUGUGCUGGCCCAAUAUGAGAUCCUGAUAUGAUCGUGUGCCCAGAUGCACAGCACGCCAGUAUUAAUCAAAUGUUUCGAACAGCUUAUGUUGAUUUGUUUGGCAUAGACCUGAUUGCUCAUUAAAGAUUUUCCUGCUAUUAAUUAUUAUAUUGUAAAGAUAAGGAUGUUUCUUAAUACGCUUAGUGUUCGCAGAACGCAGUUGGAAAAACACAGCUGAAAUAUAUCAAGCCAUAAAUACAUCCUUAUUUCCCCAACUGGCGAGCUCAACAUGUUCCGGAAAGUAGCAGCACUGGGUGUCACCAGAAAAUUCUGCGGAUGGUCGUGCUGCUUCUGUCAGCGCGCCCAGCCAGAGGCUUAGCGGCGCCGGCUGACUUGCGAGGCUGCCCUCGUGCAGAAAGUGCGACAAGGUGCAAAAGCCACACGCUCCGCAGUAUGAGCUGCAUAAAUUGGACAGGUUGCGAUGCAAGCAUGUGGGAAAACAGCAAUGGUGUUUUCCUAGUAAUACAGAUGCUUCUCUUACGAAUGAGACGCGUUCCGAACGGCCGUUCGUAACUUGAAAUGAUCGUAAGUCGUUAUUCAACGUCAUUUUAAGGCUAUACGCACGUAUUAAGAACUAGGACGCUGGGAGUACGCAGGAUAUGCAGAAACACAAAAUUGAUGUUGACAGUAAACGGGAGCCCAAUGAACACAAUUUGGACUUACAGUCCUCUUCGUCCGCGUGUCUGAACGUUCGUAAGUUGAAAGUUCGGAAGUAGAGCAGCGUAAGUAAUAAUAAUAAUAAUAAUAGUUAUGGUGUGGCACAGGCAGGAAAAUAUGACGAGCCACUUACAGCAGCAAGGCAAAAACAGGACAUAAAGAUGAGCAGGGGGGCGGGUCAAAAACAAACUGGGAGAAAUAAGACUAAGUUAAGGAACUGGGAAAAACCAUUGAGCAGGACUAGGAAACCAAGCAGAGUUUAUAGUGAGCACAAGCAUGAUUGACUAGGGAAAUGAACAAAGGUAGACACUUAAUUACUCAGGUAAUGAGGACUAGCAAAGGGCAAGUGGGAAUCAACAAAAACAUCAACCAGCAAGAAGACGGAGGUGAAACAAUUACAAUUAACAAAGAGCAAGAACCAUGAAAUGUAACAAACAGUGAAGUGUAACAGCACUAGGGGGAGACUAGGGACAUGAGGUUAUGCAAACAGAAAACCAGGUACGACAGGGUAAAUCAAAAGUGAGGACGAAAAGCAAAGACAAAGAUACACAAUACCAAACACAGGAAAAACCGAUAAUACUUAAAUAACAGGUGAGGCUGGCUUCAGUAACACCUGCUGGCCAAGCGGGGAAGAGAUGAAGGACAGGGACGGAUGGGUACUGACAGGGGGAGUUUCUAGCUGUUGAAAAGAUCAAGGGCUUGACCUUUUGUUUAUUUAUUUUUUUCGAAGGAAGAUUGGCAUCAGGCUAAAAUACUCGGGGCUCUAGGCUUAAAAUGCUAGGGGCUGCAGCCCAGAGUGCAGUGACCCGGACAAGUGAUAAUAAUAAUAAUAAUAAUAGCAACAAUAAUAUUCAUUAUUAUUAUUAAGAUAAUUAUUAUUAUUGUCAUUGUCGUUAUUAUUAUUAUUAUUGCUAUGCAUAAUAAUUAUAAUUAUUUAUGAAGAUUAUACUAAUACGAAUUUUAUUAGACUUUUUGGGGUUAUGAGUGAUGCCAGCAGUAAAAAUGAAAGCGGGUCGGUCUUGGAUGGAUGGAUUUUGUGGGCAGUGUACGUCGGGUUAGUCCUCCCGUCCACAAACCCUGCCAUCUGUUUCUGCAUGAAGGGAUACAUUUUUUUUUUAUUAUUCGUAAAACACAAACGUGGAUUGUAUGACAAAGGGGAUUCCCUGCGGUAUUGCACUUUCCCGGGGUACGCUCAGUCUGUACCCAUUUAAUGUCUCCUCACUUCCUGAUUUUCAGCACCACUGUGAGGUUAACAGAUCGUUUUCAUGCUCAAACUUUGUCUACAUGUAUGUCUAUAUUUUCCCAAGUAAUUCUGUAUAUAAAAUGUAUCUAACUUUU